UACUUUCGGUUUGUUCAGGUACGUUUAAUUUUAUUGAAUUUGUUCAUUUACUUUUGAACAGUUCUUUACAGAGCUCCGUCCUGUUGACCUGGACUGUCCGUUUCGGCCACAUCAUUUGAGACUGAAGCCGUGAAAUGCGAUCAUGGAGAAGUGUUAUGAUCCCAGAGACAGCACUUUGAAAUUUGUGAACAGAAAGGACGAGAUCACAGGAGAUGACACUCCAAAUGUUCUGCGAGUAGAAAUGUCCUGUGGACAUGCUGUAGACCCUAAUUCACUUACUGCUUGGUGCCGGAGCCUUAUAGACCAGGGUCAUUUCAUAUUUCACUGUCCUGCUGGAAAGGAAGGCACUGUAGAGAAAUGUAACAAGCAAUGGCCUUAUGUGGAGGUUCGCAGGCAUGCACUGCUGACUGAUGAAGAACAGCAGUAUUUUGAAAAUAAAAUUGCCAUAAUUGCUGCUGCACAGUAUUGUGAAUGCAAAUCGUGCCCUAGAUGUGGAAGUUGUGUUGAACGAAAAGACCUAACAAACCUGUGUGUUUUUUGUAUCAUUUGUGCGAAAGAGAAGGGAAAAUCCUAUCAAUUCUGCUGGCAAUGUAUGAAAGAGUGGAAGGGAAGUGCACCACGCUCUGAUCGAUGUGACAAUGACGGGUGCACCAACAUCCAACUAGAAACCCUGCAAAACUGUGAUACCAAGACUUUACCCUACAGCAAAAUUCAGCAAUGUCCCAAAAUUCGUGCCUGUCCUACAUGUGGGCUUCUCAUAGAGCAUAAAGAAAGGUGCAAAUUUAUCAUGUGUACUAGAUGUCAUGUGGAAUUUUGUUUUGCUUGUCUGCAGACUGAAACAAUUUGCAGCAAAUCAUCUAGUUAUAAUCAGGUUUGUGCUGUGGCUCCAAGACAAAGAAGGGUUCCUGUGUGGAGUCGUGUUUCAGAUUCAAAACCAUCAAACUCAUCAAGUUCUACAACUACUGAUGAAUCUUCCUGGUGUACAAUUAGUUAAGUAAAUAUGCAGACUCUUAAGAUUGCAUGAAAUAUGAAAAUGAUAACAAGUAAAUCAAUGUCACAGUACCUGGAUUUUACUUCUGCUGAUCAAUGUAAUUAUAUUGUACAAAUUAUUGUGUUGGUGUAGGAUUAGAGUAUCUAAGAGUAAAACAAACAUCAAACCCAGGCUUUUUUUUCCCUGUUCUUCAUUGACAAAUAUUGUAAAUAGAUGUGGUUAUAGCUUUAUGGUUGUUUUGACACCAUGACAUAUGCAAUUGAGAUGUGUUUUUCAAUGAUUGCACUGUCCCUAUAUGAAUGCUUAAUGUGUUUGUUACAUCAGUCCAAGUGAUUUCUUAAUGUUUACUUAAAACAAGCAAUUCUUUUUCCAUGCAAUAAGAUGUAGAAAACAACUGAAGAUCAGUUGCUGUAGAACUAUGCCUGAAAAUGUUGUUAAUGUACUUACCUAUAAAAGGUUUCACAAUGUAUAUCAGAGACUAUCAAUGCAUUAAAAGAUGUUUAAAAAUU